UGUGUGUGUGUGUAGGUUCACAUAGGUCAAAGUUCACUCACAGACACCCGAUCGUUGUAAGUGAGAAAUGGGUGAGGAAAUACUUUCAGCAGAACAAACAGAAACCUAUCAGAAACCAGCGUCCAAACCGUCGGGUUACUGUGGUAAACUCCAGCCCUGCCCCACACCACAUGGCUUUACAGCUUCCGUCAUUACCAAAGCUCUGCUGGGGCUGCUGUUGUUCGGGGUGGUUUGGGCCGUGACGGGUCCUGCGUGUCUGCCAGGACAGAAUCUCUUCGGCCUCGUGAUUCUGUUCCUAUCGGCCGUGUGUGGAGGAAAACUCAUCAGUGCCUUCAGAUUACCCAGAACACCUCCAAUACCAGCUCUACUGGGGAUGCUGCUGGCCGGUGUGGUGUUGCGUAACGUGCCGUACGUCACAGAUGCCGUGUACAUUGACCAGAGCUGGUCUGCGGCUCUGAGGAACGUGUCUCUCGCUGUGAUUCUCACUAGAGCCGGUCUGGGACUCAAUGCUGCCGCCCUGCAGCGCUUGAAGGCGGUGUGUGUGAGGCUUGCUGUCGGUCCGUGUGUGUUGGAGGCGUGUACGGUGGCUGUAGUGUCUCAUUUUCUGCUGGACUUGCCCUGGAUUUGGAGCUUUAUGCUCGGUUGUGUUCUGGCCGCCGUCUCGCCGGCUGUGGUGGUUCCCUCCAUGUUGAUCCUGCAAGCGGAAGGGUUUGGCGUUCAGAAAGGAGUUCCCACACUCCUGAUGGCUGCUGGGAGCUUCGAUGAUAUUCUGGCCAUCACUGGGUUCACCACCUGCCUGGGCGUCGCCUUCGGAACUGGAUCCACAUGGAUGAACGUGGGUAAAGGGGUUCUGGAGGUGCUGGCAGGAGUUCUGGCAGGAGGAGUGAUGGGAGUUCUGCUCCAUUUCUUCCCCAGCGAGGACCAGUCAGAUGUGGUGUUGCGGCGCUCGUGUCUGCUGUUGGGUCUGUCUGUGUUCAGUGUGUUUGCCAGUCUGGCCGCGGGUCUGGGUGGCGCUGGUGGACUCUGCACACUCGUUCUGGCCUUCAUCGCUGGACUCAGCUGGGCAGAACACAAGGCUCCAGUGGCGGCAGUGGUGGGCCGGUUCUGGGACGUGUUCCAGCCGCUCUUGUUUGGUCUGAUUGGAGCAGAAAUCAGCAUUUCAUCUCUCAGCGCUUAUACUGUCGGUUUGGGUGUCGCCACUCUGUGUGUGGGUCUGCUGGUCCGUGUGUUGGUGACGUUCUGUGUGGUUCUGUUUGCUGGUUUUAAUAUAAAGGAGAAGAUCUUCAUAUCUCUGGCCUGGAUGCCCAAAGCUACAGUACAAGCAGCUCUGGGCUCCACGGCGUUGGAUAUGGCCCGCAGUGCUGGAGACGAGCAGCUUCAGAAAUAUGGCAUGGAUGUUCUGACGGUGGCGGUUCUUGCGAUUCUCUUCACGGCGCCGGUUGGAGCGCUUGCCAUCGGCCUGACCGGACCCAAACUACUGCAGCGGAACACACACACACGGGAUCAGUGUGAGCAUGAGAGCAAUCACGUCGACGGUCUGGAGUCCAAACUCUGAAUCAUCUCAAGAUCCUUCCAUGACUUGGUGUUGCUCACACACACACACACACAC